AAGGGUAUCAAAAUACAUUAUUUGAGUAUAAAAACUACUGUAAGCUAAGGAUAAGUAUCAGUUGGUUUGGUUUUAAAAUAAAGAACAAACAUGGUUUUUAAGGAAGUUUGUGUCAUCGUCUUCUCGAUUGCAAUCUGUACAGCUACCAACCCAAUAAAUUAUGCAGCCUACCAACAACAUCCGAGCUCCGCAGUGGUAACGCAAGUAGUACAGCCUGCAGCUAUAGUUCAACGUACAGCAGCAGUAGUCCAACCAGCACUAGUACAACCAGCCUUAGUCCAACCGGCAGUAGCUUCAGUAAACGUUCCAGUAGUUCAAACACGAGUAGAACCUUACGAUCCUAAUCCACAAUACAGUUAUGCCUAUUCCGUAAAUGAUCAAAACACAGGAGACUCCAAGAGCCAACACGAAACAAGAAGCGGGGACGUAGUACGAGGACAAUACAGUCUAACGGAUCCAGAUGGCAGCCGUAGAACCGUCGACUACGCUGCUGAUCCUCAAAACGGAUUCAACGCCAUCGUUCAAAGAACUAUCGCUCUCCGACCACACUAAAUUUGCAGUCAGUACCAUUUUCUUAUAAGUUAAAAAUGAUUUGGUCUUUCUAGCUUUCUGUGUUUGUAAUAUCGAUGAAUAGAAAAUAAAGUUAUUGUUUACAUAGUAUAAAGGUUAAAAUCAAUU